GAUACAGAAGCAUUCAAGAAAGGCUACGAAGAAAAUCAUACUUUUAAAAUCAACAAAGUGUUCAAGGAAGACUUAACUAAAAACUAUACUUUUAGAAUCAAAAAAGCACUCAAGGAAGGCUAUGAUGAAAAAUAUACCCUUAGAAUCAAAGAAACAUUAAAGAAAGUAUCCUAG